GCUCGGAAAAGUUGCCGUCUCGCUGUUCCCAUAAGGCGUCGGUUGUGUCGGUCUCCCCGUUCUCUCGUUGCAAUUCAUGUGCGGCAAAUUGUUGCGGAUACUUUGUUCUGCUUCUCUGCGUCCGCAUCCGACUUGUGCAUCGUGUGGGAUAAUUGUGAGGACGCUCUUGAUGAUAUGAUGGGUUGUGUGUCAUUUGAUGCGACUACCUGAACCAGAAGAAAUGUCCGUUCGUUCGAUGUAUGCUGGCACCUCCUGUCAGCAGAUUGACAACACGUGCACUGUAAUUCAAAUUUGGUAAUUCACUGGCCCACAAGAACAAUACGUCGUCUGCAGCUCUCUAGUGUAUGUAAGGAUCCCCUAUUGUCGAUAUGACAGGAUACCGGAUCGUUCAGUCAAAGAAGGCUUGGAGGUACAGCCCAACAAGCCGAACUUCUCAUGGUUUCGCUUUUGACCACCUUGGCGUCUUCAACUAAUACGCAUCACAACAUGCCGGAAAUUUCCCGUACCACUUCGCGUAAUCCCACAGAGUGAACCCCGCAGCCAGGGGGUGAGCCUUCGAGGACACAAUGCAUCCAGACUAUAUCAGCAAUUGCACAAUAGGCGGAAUCGCUAAUGUGCCAUCAUGGCUUUGUGGGCCGGACCCUUCCUCCUACAUGUACCCGUUGGUACCGUCCAGCAACGAUACCACGGACAUACCGUACUCUAUGUAUGACGCCAGUAACCUGUCAUCGCCCGCUUUGUCCUGGGACAAUGGAACCUCCCCGGCUCCCACGCCAGAAUCUCCGUACAGCCAAUUGUUGGACAGCAGCCGGUUCUGGAUACAACGAGUCCUGGUACCUAUCAUCACUAUCAUAGGUGUCGUGGGUAACACGGUCACCAUCGUUAUCAUGACCAGACGCCGUAUGCGGUCAUCGACCAAUAGUUAUCUCGCCGCGCUCGCAAUCUGCGACAUGUUGUACCUACUCUGCGUGUUCGCCCUAUCGCUGAAGCAUUACCAGUUCAUCCAGGAACAAGGACUGUACAUCUAUUACAACUGUUUCCCUCUCAUUGUGAUGCUGGCCGACGCCUGCAGUAAUACGUCUGUUUGGCUCACGGCGACCUUCACGAUGGAGAGGUACAUAGCAGUUUGCCAUCCGAUUCGGGGAAAGGUGCUCUGUACUGAGUCCCGAGCUCGGAAAGCCAUCUUUAUCGUUUUCGCAUUCUGUUUUUCCUUCACGUUGCCAACCUUGUUUGAAUACUCCGUAACGGAAAAGCACGAUCCCGUUACUAACACUACGAGGACCCAUUUAGAUGCGUCCGAAUUGGGAAAAAACGAAUUAUAUAAGAAGAUCUACUACUGGCUCACCGUUGUACUCUUCACUGUCAUUCCGUUCCUUCUCCUAGCAAUCUUCAACGCUUUCCUCGUGCGUUCUGUGCAUCUGUCGCGAAAGCAGCGAUCUCGAAUGACACAAAGGACAGACAGUUCACGGGAUAACCAAGAGAAUAAGAUCACAGUGAUGCUUAUCGCCGUAGUGAUUCUCUUCUUUGUCUGCCAGCUCCCUACAGCGGUGACACUGCUGUACACGUCAAUUCGUUCGCCGGAACCCGACACUGACGGUGAGAAACUCAUAUUUAUCCUGGGAAAUAUUUUCAACUUCCUCAUGACCAUCAACGCAGCGGGUAACUUCAUUCUGUACUGUCUACUGAGCCAGAAGUACAGGCGUACCUUUUUACAAAUCUUCUGCCCAUGCACCACGAGUCGUUUUGCGAGGCUCCAGUCCGUGUACCACUACAGUGGGGCACCCGCGACUAUGAAUUCGGUCCAGGACGACAAUAGUCCUGCUGGUAACAGGAGGUUUAGUAGCACUCGUUCUGUGAAGUCGACCAGGUCAAACUCUGCGUCAGUGGUCGUUGACAACCAGAAAGUGCCAGCGUCUCAGGGCUCCUUCCUCAAGGUUCCAGGACAACAGGAGAAAGAGGUGAACAGCAAUGAUGCUCACAGCGAUCGUACCAGCGGAACCAGCGAGAAGAACAGUGUGAGUUGUGGUGUUACAUGUUCUCUCUGGCGUAAGCUAAAAUUGGCCCGCAAGGCGGCGUCUGGUGUUGGCGCUAAUCAUACAGCUGAUCACGUGAUUCCACUUCAGGGUGCCAAGGACUGUGUGGUGGUCAUCAGGGGUGACGGUGCUCCGACCAAUAAGUGUAUACACACUAGCGUUUGACCGACUGGAUCGUGAUUUACAGAAGUAGACCGUGAGGCUCGAUGGUUUGGCUAGCCUUUGGAGAAAUUGGCGUUAUUUAUCACGUGUACCACUCUCUCUUCGCUGCGUUGAAAUGCAGAAGACUGUACAGAAUCCCUAGUGGUGCCCGAAGUCCAGUCCGCACAGUAAGAGCUUGUUGUUUGUUAAGUGAGUUCGACAGAGUCAUUGCAGAAAUAAAUGCAAACCAAAUAAUUGUAACGUCUCGCUGAGGAGUGUAACUCAUAUUUCUGCCGGAAAAUUCAGCAGACGACGUUGUGAAAGGCCAUGCGCUGCGCUGGAGUCUUUCUUUCUUUCUUUCUUUCCACGCCUCCUGCUAUUUAACUCCACAGCCUGCUAGGGGGUGCCACUGUUCCGUGGUCAUUUGGUAUUGCAUUUCAGCGCGGUGUUGAGGGAGCGGUACGUUUGUGGCACAGUGUUUAUGAUAUCUGAUAAAGGUGACUCUUGUGACUUUGUAGGUAAAUGGAAAACAAAAAUUCCGUUUUGUCAUAAGACACCAACCACACCCACAGUGUGUCUGUCUGUAGUGUUUUGUGCUUUUAGGUUUUAAUGUCGUGUUAUUUUGUACUUUUUAGAGCUGCUAUAUGUAAGUUUUUGUUUAGUUUGACUCAACGUUCGUAUGUAAGGAACAUCUACAAUUUACCUGUGUAAUAUAAUAAAUUAUAACAUAAACAACACUUUUAACACACACACACACACAAACACUUAAUCCGUAUAUGGAUUACCAGAGCCCGUUAGUGACAAAAUGAACUGGUUCCAAAAGCGAUCGCUUUUAAUCUUAUCUCUCGAUGUGUAUUUUUGGCCCCACUCGUCUGAAAACAACCUCUUAUCCAUCUUUUACACUCAGAGAAGGGUAUUACCUACGACUGCGUACUUCCGUGUUUUUAGUGUGCCUCCAACUUAUCCACGCUUAGUUGCGAGACCAGGUGUUCACGAAAUGUAUAAUGGAGUGUAAGUUCCAAGGAAACCACGAGUAUUUACUGCUCAGCCUGGUUGUUUCGUGUUUCGCACAUUUGCGCUGAGGGUAAUACGACUUGGAUAAUUUGCCUGAUUAUUUGCGCUGAGGGUAAUGUGACCUGGGUAAUUUUUUUUUUUUUUUUUUACGUUACGUUUCUGUUCUUUUUAGCAAGACGGUGAUCUCGUGCGCUUCUCUGAUGCUGACACGAAUGAAGGACUAUCACGAGAGUACCAGAAGAACUUACGAGAAGGCGGAGCAAAUUGAAAUCAAGAACAUAAUAUGAUGAACAGUCAGAUACCUUUCAGAACCUCCUACAGAAGCCCUUCGUCUACUGUUAUUACAAUUACGAUGUUACAAUUAAAGUUUUAGUCGAAGGGCAAAUUCGAAUUGAUGUAUGCUUCGUAAAAUGAGAGACCGAAAAAGCUGAAUCUUCUUGCACUGUGCCAAACGUGAUUAAGUGCAGUAACCGCGAAACUAUUUUUUAAAUGCUAUUAACUUUUCAUUAUGUCUUUUAAAUUUUUGUGAGAUAUUUUAUUUGUUUGUUUUUGUAUUGUUACCCUGGUGGCCACACAGUUGCUGCGUCUGGUGAUCACGUGACUGCUCACGUGGGCCUAUUAACGCGCCGACGGACCCACACAAAAGCUAUUAAACGGUGGUCCUAAACAGCUGUCGCUUUAAUGUCUAAAGAAUAUAAUUAAUGACAAGAGCGAGUUAAAUGCUGUCUUCACAAGGUUGAUAGCAGCUGGUACAUUCGACAGAAAUGUCGCAAUAGUAUAAAUACAUUGCAAAAUUUGCAUGUUUCUGCAUUUUCUGUUGAGACAUAGUAUUGCUAUCACGUGUUAUCACGGUUUCAUUUACUCUACUUACUCUACGGAAAACCUUUUUGGAGCAACGUCAUUCUCAUUUAAAGUAUCAUGUGACAGUUGAAAAUUUGGACGAUCACGGAGUGAUACAGCUAUACGAAAGAAAUGAGACAGAUGUGUGUCAGUUCCUGGGACAGCAGUUUUUUUUUAAAUAAACGAUCCUUUCUAUUACUUUUAGCUCUAUUACUUUCGUCGUUUGUCCCCUUUCUUUUGUAAAUUAUACUUUGAAUACAGACGCUCGGGAAAAGAAGAAAACUAACGUAAACAUAUCGGGAAUAUUGGCUGCGAUAAAAUGUUGAUGUAGCCCCUAAUUGCAUGCAUAAAAAGUCGUGCCAUUUAUCCUUUUAGAAAACAUUGCAAUCACCGUUAUUGAUUUUCUCUCAGUUCAUAACUUUGAAUCUGAUUUCGAGAUUAAGUUCAGCACAUAAUUUCCUCGCUGAGCAGUGGUAUACGCUUCAGUAUCCGCAUAUUUUACGAAGAGAGGACGUAAUCCACAUGGGUCUGUCUCCGGCCGUUCACAUAUUUCCUUUUCGGUGUACAGAACAUCCCAGUGACAUGUUUUCAUUGUGCAUAUCAUGACUGUGCGUAGGAGUUCGUUAGGGAAAAAGUACUAUCCUGGUGCGAGGACAUACAUAGCCUGAUGUUCGUAAUAUUUUGAAAAGAGUAAAUGCGCGUGUGGGUUUUGUCGAAACACAGUUGAAGCACGCGAUGAAAGACGAGGGUGAACUACGUAGGCACGGCAAGUGACGUUUAUUACAAAGUUCACUACAGGGUUCAACUACAGAGUACUAUACAGAGUUCCAGUCCAGUACAGACACUGCGCCCGCUAGGGAGGGGAGGGGUGGGGAGGGGAAGUUAUAGUUUUACGCUGAAGAGGCAACAGUCAAGGCUUCUGCUUCGAUAUCAAUCAGACGUCGUCUAACCUUUGUUCCAAACCAGGUCACUUUCCUUCGCGGGGAUUGGUGGUGUGGGCCUUGGCGGGGACACCGGUAAUUAACAUCGUUGCAAAUGCACGCAGUCCCCGUCGAAGUUAACGCCACGGCCACAAGCAGCCGUGGCGUCAACUUCGUGCCUUUCCUGUGUUGUGUAUUGCUGCAUUCAACAAUAUGUCAAGACACCAACUAUACCCCAACUUGGUACACUUGCGCCGUCCCCGCGUUGUCAGUCCUUGUCUUUCGUCACGUUCUUUAACUUUGUCUCGUAAUAUUUUAAUAGCAUUAUUUACAGGAUUGCCGGAAGUGUCCACAACAACUUGCUCGUUUCCGAGGUUUCACUCGUUGCAAGCCCGGCGAAAUCAUCAGGGUGUUUUUCUUUGUGUUUUGUGCAUUUGUCUUCGACUUUUAAAAAGGACAAAGUGUAGACGGUGAGAUAUAGCUCUACUGGGGAGAAUCACUUCGGUGCUCCGCAAGAAAUGAUCCAAUGGCUCCUGACCAAUGAUUGUCCUCUACGUUGGUUGCCCUUUUGAAAAUAAAGUUAUUAAAACGUUAU